GCAUGACGUCACGUGGUUUAGCAACCGGCGCGCUGUACGGAAGAGCGGAGUUUGUUCGCUGUUAUUUUUUACUGGAAAUUACUCUUUGUGAGUCAUUAUGGCCUCAGAUGACAUCGCUCAGCUGGCUGAUGCUCUUUCAAAGACCCACGUCGGGGAUGGAGAGUUGAGCUACAAAGGCCUGGGACUGAAGCUGGACAACGCAGCAUCAGUGGAGGAGCUGGUCCGUGAGAUUGAGCAGUACCAGGGUCUGAGAGCUUUGCGCCUGGAGGGCAACACUGUCGGAGUGGACGCAGCACGGGCCAUCGCCAAGGCUCUUGAGAGCAAAGACCUGCUUCAGAGAUGCUAUUGGAGCGACAUGUUCACCGGAAGGUUGCGCUCUGAAAUCCCAACAGCACUGAGGUCUCUGGGCAGUGCAUUAAUGAGUGCAGGGGCCAGGCUGACUGAGCUGGACCUGAGCGAUAACGCCUUCGGGCCAGACGGUGUAAAGGGAAUCGAGCAGCUGCUGAAGAGCCCUUCCUGUCACACCUUGAGGGAGCUGAAGCUCAACAACUGCGGCAUGGGGAUCGGAGGAGGAAAGAUCCUGGCCGAAGCUCUGAUUGAGUGCCACAGACAGUCAUCAGCGCACGGAGCUCCACUCAAACUGAGAGUGUUCAUCGCAGGGAGGAACCGCUUGGAGAAUGAAGGAGCCCGCGCCCUGGCCAAGGCCUUUCAGCUGAUGGGCAGCCUGGAAGAAGUCCACAUGCCCCAGAACGGUAUCAACUACGCAGGCGUGAUGGCGUUAGCGUCAGCCAUGCGCCACAACCCAGAGCUCCGCGUCCUCAACUUCAACGACAACACCUUCACCAAGAAGGGAACGCUGGCCAUGGCUCAGGCUUUGAGGCACUUGAGGAACGUACAGGUGAUCAAUUUUGGCGACUGCCUGGUCCGCUCUGAAGGAGCCAUCGCCCUUGCUGCAGUCGUGAGAGAGGGGCUUCCAAUCCUCAAGGAGCUCAAUCUGUCAUUUGGUGAGAUCACAGAGGCAGCAGCACUAGUGGUGGCUCAGGCUGUCACAGCUAACCCUCACAUGGAGAAAGUGGAUUUGAAUGGUAACUGUCUAGGAGAGGAGGGAUGUGAGGCUUUGAGAGAAGUUAUGGAGAACAUGGACAAAGGAGACAUGCUGGCAUCACUCAGUGAUGAUGAGGGAGAACCUGAUGAGGAGGAUGAUGAUGAUGAUCAUGAAGAUGAUGAAGAAGAAGAAGAAGAUGAUGAUGAUGAUGCCAGUGAUGACUGUAAUGAAGACAAUGAGGAGGACAGUGACAUUGUGAAGGAAAAUGGAAUAACAAGUAAAGAAGGCAGUCCUGAAAAACCUCAGAGCCCAGUAGAGAUCGUGUCUUUCCUCAGCUGUCCCUCUGCAGAGAAGCUCCUUCAGCUGGGAGAGAUGAGAACAAACCUGCAGCAACAGGUGGCUGCAUCUGACCCACACAAGGGAGCAGAUGUCCUUCUGAAAAUUGCUUCUUUGUACAGUGAGGAACCAGAGACCAAGACAGCUGUCCUUGAAACGAUUGACGCUGUCUUAAAGAAGCUCCUCUCUGCUUCAGCCCUCCAAUCACACUGCUUCCUCUCCACGCUGCUGGUCAUGAUGGGACUCCUCAAGGGAGAGGGGAAGAUGAAAAAGGUGCCACUGGUCCCAGGUCAGCUGCUGUGUUUGGAACACGCUGUCCAGCAGGAUUACUUUUCCCAGCAACAUGCCUCGCUGCUUCACACCUUCAUUUCCAAGAACAAUGAAGCUCUAAAGUCCUGCGGCAGUGCUGGAGAGAGGCUGAGGGAUGCUCUGGAGAAGAAGUGUCACGACCAGCACUGAUCACAGCGAUCACCCACUGCCGGUACCAUCACUGAGACACAGACACACACUGUACUGACAUUCAUCUCUUCACCGACAGGGACGCUUCACACUUGAACAAGGGACCUUGACAACCACUUAACAUAUCUCCACUCCUGAUUUGUAUAUUUUAUGAAGGCACGACAAAGACUGUCCAGAAUCUCUUAAUUUUUAUUUUUCUACUUAUGCUUGUGACUUAUAUUUUUAUAGAAAAUAGUGAUACAAAUAACAAAAAAUAUAGAAAUGCACAUCAGUUAACCCUUGGGUUCAUGGGUUAUAAAAUUAAGCCGAUUGUAACCAGGAGUGGAGCUAACGUAGACGAUGUCAGUCUGGCACAUUUUGCAGCAUAUUGCUUUGCAUUUAGUUCUAGUACUGUUAAAAACAACAAAACAAUGCAUUUGACCGUGUCCUUACACCGCUGUGGAAGUGCCCGCAUUAACAGAUUAGGGUUAUUUCCAAGUCUUAAUAAAUUUUGAGUAUCUGCCAGUGUUCACAGCUACAGAUUUGCUGUAUUUUUACCAAACAAAACCUAGAAAUACAAUCUAUAAAUCAUAAUAAAUUGGUCCAAAAGAUCAGACUAUAUUGUUCCGUUUUACUGAUGGGAUGCAUUACAGGCUUGCUUAUUGCUCAAUUGAAAAAUUCUGUGGUGCGUGCAAAGAAAACACGCUUUUAGGACAGUCUGUCUAAUCACAAUCUGUUCAUAAAGUCCACUCAAGUCAGAGUGCUGUGUGCAUCAGACUGUGAGCAGGAAUGGGCCGCAUGCAGGAGCACCAUAAACACACACCCCCAUGAGCUUGAAUACAUUGUGUGUUUGUGUGUGCGUGCGUGCGUGCGCCUGUGUGCAUGCGUGUGUGCAUGUGUGUGUGCAUGCGUAUCGCCCGGCACUGAGCACAGUCAUAACACUGCACAGCUCAGGGGACCACAAUCACUUCUACCUGAUGUUUCUUUUUUCUAUCCAUACUGUCUUAUUGGGAGAAAAUGUGCUCUUAUAUGACUUGUGUUGCACAAGUUCAGCUGCUGUGUGUUACCUCAUAUAGCCAUUUAUGUGUUGGUGAUGUGAUGGAGCAUUUAAGGGAAAUGGGAUGAGAAUGGAAUACACAUUAAUGGCAUUUAGUUGCUUAGACCGUGUGGACUGCAUUUAAAUUGUUGUUGAUUUGUACUGAAAGCCCUGUCAGAAAUAUAACUGAUCUAACAAGCCUGA